AUGGCUGACACUAUUUUUGGAUACCCUUUUAGACGUUUUUUCUUGGGCAAUCCUCCGAUUUACAGAGGAUACCCUGGCUCAACAACAGCACUAUUGGAUUGGAUUGAGUCCCCAACUUCACAUAUCCUCAAAAUCAACGUUCCAGGAUUAAGCAAAGAUGAGAUAAAAUUGCAGAUUGAGGAAGGGAAUAUUUUGCACCUUAGAGGAGAAAGUGGGAAAGAAGAGAAUCAUGGAAAGGACGUUGUUUGGCAUGUAGCUGAGAGAGGGAGUGGAAAAGAGGGUUUCUCAAGGAUGAUUGAAUUGCCUGAGAAUGUGAAAUUGGAUCAGAUUAAAGCACAUGUUGAAAAUGGAGUUCUCACUGUUAUUGUUCCUAAAGAUUCAGCAUCUAAAUCGCAUAAAGUUCGAAACGUUAACAUCACUAGUAGGCUUUAA